GGCCUGCAUAUCCACGCAAGCCCAAAAAAACUCCAAACAAACCAAGGAAUCUCUCUUUCUCUCACGCGCAGUUUAACAUUUCUAAAAUCUCCCUUCAACAAAUUCUUCUUCUUCUCUUCUUCAAUCUACAAUUCCACAUAGCCACACAACUGAUUCUGCAACAUGAAUCAGAAAGCGCGCGUUAGUAAAGAGCUUAAUGAAAAACACAGAAAGAUACUUGAGGGGUUACUUAAAUUACCAGAGAAUAGGGAAUGUGCUGAAUGCAAAAGCAUGGGUCCAAGAUGGGCGAGUGUAAAUCUUGGGAUUUUUAUAUGUAUGCAAUGUUCUGGAGUUCAUAGAAGUCUUGGAGUACACAUAUCAAAGGUGAGAUCUGCUACACUUGAUACAUGGCUACCAGAUCAAAUUGCAUUUAUACAGAGUAUGGGAAAUAAGAAAUCAAAUAGCUUUUGGGAAGCCGAGUUGCCUCCUAAAUACGAUAGAGUUGGGAUUGAAAAUUUCAUUCGUGCAAAGUAUGUAGACAAGAGAUGGAUUUCUCGAGAGCAGAAAGUUGAAACUCAUUUGAGUAUAAUACGAAAAGAGAAUGUUCCACUUUAUAAACCCGGGACCACAACUAAGGCCAUUGUUCUUUUCCCUGAGCCAAAACAGACCCCUCAACUUUACAAUGUGAACAAAACAACACCUCCUCUUCCUUCUUCUAAAGUUGUUGACCAACAGGUCAUUAUACAACCAAAACAAAUCAAACCCGAGUUAAAACCAGAGGAAAGUAAAGCUAUUGUGGUUGUACCAGAUCAAAAGGUUAAUAAUGACUAUAAUGCCACUGAUCUUUUUGAUAUUCCCCCUGUGGAUGCAAAUGGCUUCAAACCUUCUUCUAGCAAUGAGGAUCCACAAGCAAAAACCCAAACGUUAGACAAUGAUGCGAAGAAAUCAAGUAACAAAGUGAAGUCUGAAUUUGAGGAUCUUUUUGAUGGAUUAGAUUGGGUUGCCCAAGAACCUUGUACACAAGUAAAAAACGACACCAUGAAACUUUUCGAAAAGUCAACUACAAUGCAACCGCUUCCGGUCCCGCAACAACAAUAUAAGGUCAUGGGUAAUCAUCAAAAUGGCACCAACGGAUUCCACCGUCUUCCGAAUCAGCAAAUCGGAAACAUCAAAUCUUCACAACCUAUCGGGAAUCCCGGUUUUUACACCACAUCCAGUAUGUAUGGUGGAAGUCGAGUUGUCCCGGGUACAAAAACUUUAGGAGGAAGUAGACCGUCCACGACAUCCGUGGGACAGCUAAGCCUUCCGACUCAAUUAGGAGGUGAUUACGACUUCUUGUCGUUAACACAAGGGAUGUUUGGAAAACGAUGAGCAUAUUUUUAUUUUUUAUCAUGGGGUUUUAAAGGAAAAUUAAGUCAUUAAUUAUAUAGAAAUAGAAAUUAUAGUAAAUUCAGUUAUUCCUUUCUAGUUGUAUAUUGGAAACGAGUUUACUUAUUGGUUUUCAUUUGGAUUUGUGAUUGAUUUGUUUUGAUAUACGAGGAAUAAUGUAACGAAAUAUGGAAUUCCUUUCAUUAAAGGAAGAAAAGAAAAUAGAUCGAUUUAGUUUGGUUUUUCCGUCAUAC